GCCUCCGCACCCUCCUGCAUGUCCUCACUGCGCUCUUGAGCUUGAUCUUUCAGGUUCUGCGCAGGGUAGGGUGCUAAUAUUUUGACUUUACUGGAUCGAAACACGGGGCGCACACAGCCUCGAAGUAGUCGCAACAUUUCGCAGACGAGCAGCAAUUGCCCUCGAUGCCACUCAUCACCGUCUCCCUCGACGCCUUCCUCGCUGCGUCCAUCGCAAUCGGCGUUUCCUCGCUCUACCUCAUCCGGCGCAAUCAGCCACCAUCACCGCCGCACACGCCCUACCGCGCCGCCCUCACCCUCCUCGUCCUCCUCCACACGCUUUACAUCCUCUACACUGUCCUCCUCCGCUGGCCGCCCAACCUGUUUUCAGCGUUGCACCUUCCACUCACCGCACCCACUGAGGGCAUCCGACACAUGAUUCUAACGCGCGGGGGACUCCCAGCGGGCGCGCAACUGCCCAAGCCGCUCGAGGCGCUCCUCGCGCGGCUCGCGUCCUUCGAGAUGCGCACACUCUAUGUCAGAUUUGGCCAGGAAGUGGUCCAAAACUGUGAACACUGCAAGACGUUCGACGAGUACGCGCUUUUCGCAGUCUCCAACGCACUGCUCGAUUACAUCCGUGAGGCGGUCGUGCUCGGCCUGCUCACCGCGAACGGGAGCGGCCGUGAGCGCUGGCGCACACACGCCGUCGGCGCGCUUGUCUGCGCCGCGGUGCUCGAGGGGUACUUCAUCGCGGCUGCACCCGUUCAGAUCCCUCGAAAUGGCGCGGGUGUCUUCAUGUGGCACGACAACUUCUGGGCAAUCCGCCACCUGCUCUUUCUCCUCCUCCCGCUCCUCACGCACUCCCUGCCCGGAGCGCGGCCACGUCCAGCGCCGCUCGCCGAGGCACGCACAACGCUCGAGCAGACGAUGGCACGCCUCGCGGUGCUGCGUUACACGCAUGGCGCAGUGAUGCGCGAUCCCGUGCUGCGCGCGGCCGCGAGCGAGUGGUGGGAGCGCCAGCGCGUCGAAGGCGAGUGGGCGCGGGCGGAUGAGGGCGUGAGGCGCGUCGCGGAUAGGCUUGGGAGGAGCUUUGCUGAGGCGGGUGCAGGUGGGAGUGGGGAAGGAAGGUUGAAGGUGAUGGCGAGAGAGGUGGUGGCGAGGUUGGUCGCGGGGAUGACGGCGGCUCCGCCAUAGAGAUGUGUGUUCGCUGGAGACUGUACGCUGGAGACCCGGAAGUGGAGGCAUGUGCUGUACGAAACGCACCAAGCAAGCAUGUAGACCAUUAGUACAACUACAGACAUCCGUAUACCAGUACACAAAAGAUCGUCAGAACGGUGCGGGGUCGCUACGCAUUGAUAAUGGAUUGGAUAAGUAAUUGCAAGGAGAACGCGACCCUGUGGUUCACGGACGGGAGCGCCACGACUGCUGAUCGUCACUUCGCGUCCCAGAAUUGUUAUCAUAGUCAUACUGCUGACCGUACGACCUUCCUCGAGAGCCAUAGCCCCGACUUCCUCCAGUCGAUGAGGCACGUGCGGAGUAGACCCUGGAUCCAUUAUAACCUUGCCCACGGUACCCACCACCUCUGCGAGAAUUAGCAUGAAAACCACCCCUUGGCGCAUAUUGAUUACGCUC